AGUGGGAGAGAGGAGGAGAGAGGGAGAAAGUGAGCUCACGUUCACACAUUGGUGAAGAGGCUGGUCUUGCAAUGCCUUUGAAUAUUUUACUUUUAGGCAGUUCCUCAUCAGUCAGCCACACACAUCCGAGGCGAGCUGAAGCUAACUACAGCCAUGGACAGCACUAGGAGAUCUCAAAUCUAAUCGCAUGCAUCAUUCCUCCGGGAUAUUUUUUAAAUUCCAUAUCUAAACACGCUGACAGGCAGCUGCACUCACACUCACUCGCACACACACACACAUCCACACGUCGCAGAGCCGCCGAGCAAACACCUUGUCUCCUCUCGCAGGAUAUACCCGCUCACACACAUCUCUCUUUAUCUCCUCCUGGCUUCCCGGAGGAUCCUGCCGGCUGUUUUUCAUGGAGAAAGUCCAGGGAGAAAUGGAGAUUGAGAGAUGGGAAAGAAGUGAAGAGAUUUCAGACGCAGAAAAAAAGGUUAUUCAAGAGAUAUGGAGCAGAGUAUAUGCAAACUGCGAGGACGUUGGGGUCUCCAUACUCAUCAGGUUUUUCGUGAACUUCCCCUCGGCCAAGCAGUACUUCAGCCAGUUUAAGCACAUGGAGGACCCGCUGGAGAUGGAGAGGAGCCUGCAGCUGCGCAAGCACGCCCGGAGGGUCAUGGGGGCCAUCAACACUGUGGUGGAGAACCUCAACGACUCUGAAAAGGUCUCCUCUGUCCUGGCCCUGGUGGGCAAGGCCCACGCCCUCAAGCACAAAGUGGAGCCCAUCUACUUUAAGAAACUCACUGGUGUCAUGCUGGAGGUCAUUGCUGAGGAAUACCCCAACGACUUCACCCCGGAGGCACACGGAGCCUGGACCAAGAUGAAGACCCUCAUCUACACCCAUGUGACAGCAGCCUACAAGGAGGUGGGCUGGGCUCAGUACCCCACUGCCACCCUGUGAGCGCCCAGGGGGCCACCAGAGGGGCAGGGAGGGCUUCGCUCACCCCAGGACUUCACUCUGGUCUCUUCUCAAGAUCUUUGCUAGGUUUGGGGAGCCUGGUAGGGCCAGUUCUGUCAGCUGCCAAGUCACAAUUUGAUCUCCAUGGGGUUUAAAAACAAACUAAACAAGCAAAAGAAACCACAGAAGCACGAAGGGUGUGGGUGGGUUGGGGUGAAGCAGUUGCAGGGGACGCUGGAAGGGGAUGCAGAGGGCGAGGGGAGAGCAUUGGUUGUUGGCUCCAUCUUCCCGUCCUGGCCUGUCCAUCACCACCUCCCAAAUCCUGCACCUCACUUGCACCAUCUCAAAGUCCCUUGUACAAGUGCUGCUGCCCUGUUCACUGACGAACACAACCCUCAUUUUCCGUGCAAAGCCCCUGGGUAGGCCUGGCUUUUGGGGGCACGUGUGGAGCCCCUGACUGGCACCGAGAACGCUUUGCUUUGCACUUUCUGUAUCACCUGGCAGGGCUGACAGCCAGAGCCACUCUGGGUGCCCACCACCCUGGGCUCCAGGGGGGCAGCAGCCCUCACCUCUCCUGUCACCCACAGUCCCUGUCCUUGGCUGGCUGCUGCAAACCCUCCUGGGGUGGGAGAGAAGCGCUCCCACAGCAGAGUGGGGAGGAGGAGGAUGCCUUUGGGCUGCCCCCUCUCAUGGCUCAGAGCAUGGUAUGUAGGUGAGAUCCCUGUGCCAUGUGUGGGGAGCUGGUGAGUCCACCCACUGCCCUUCAGCUCCCUGAGGAUGGGCUUGGGUGGCACAGGAUGUGAGCUGGUGUGCGUAGGUCUGUCUGCCAGCUGUGCCCUCUCCGUGAGAACGGGGAUCAGGCUGUGACCAGGAGGAGGAAAGAUGGCACAGACAUAUCAGGAGGGAUUUCUGGGUGUGAGGAAAGGUCCCUUCUCUGUUAAAAUUAAUAAAUACCUUGUAUAGAACAUAUUCCUGCCCUCAUGGUAAAACUGGGUUCCUCCAAAUAAAGUGCCUGGAAGAAAUCAGCCCACACAGGAGCUGUGUCCCUCCUGGGGACAGCAGUGCUCCUGCCUGUGCCUGACAAAGGCUUCUCCCACUCCCCCCAAAACGUGGCUGCAGGGCUUGGAGCACUCAUCCCCCCUCCAGCACCAACUCCUCCUGAACCUCUGGGUGAGUCUGCCUGGUUUGUGCCUCAGUUUCCCCUGCAGUUAUGAGAAAGGGAAGAGGAGCAGCCCCAUUGCCUCCUGCCCACAUGUGGCCGGAUUUAUAAGAUUUCUGGGAACUGAAUGGCAAAGGAUUGAGGAUGAAAUGUCAAAUGUGCUGGGAAGCUUGGAAUCCUUGCCACCCAAUAUUUCCCUAAAGGCCUAUGCUAUUUUUAGAGCUCUAGCAUUAAGGGCAAUGUUAUCUGUUGAAGUGGGAGGAGGGUUCCCUCCUGAGGUUUCCUCUGGCCUGGCUCCACCGCUGUCCUGGAGAGCUGGCAGCUUCCUGAGAGAGACCAGCUCCUCUCCUGGAUGCCAGCUGGACAGGCAACAAACCCACAGUUCCAACUGGGAUCCCUACAGCCACCUUGGGGACAUCCCUCCACUGCGGGGUCACUCCCCCAGGCUGACCUCCCUCUUCCAGAGCAAACAGACAGACAGGAACUCCUGCUUUGCUCACCUGUGCUUUUAAUCAUGCCCAGGAACAGGUUUAUUAUGUCUCAAAAUAGCCCCAGGACUCCACUAAUGUCACUACAGCCACUCUGGCCUUGCUGUUGUGUCGUUCCUACAUCCCACAUUACCACUGAUGGAGAGGAGCAGUGGAGCCUGGAGCCAUGGCACCUCCUGGGCAUCCACAGAGAGCUGGGUGGCAACAACAGCUGGGGCACAGCUGUCCUGGGCAGGGCAGCGUGCAGGAUCCAGGGCUUGUAAAAGGAAGGGACAGGCACAGGGUGACAAUGAUGAUGCUUUGCUCAUGGGCUGGGCUGUCAGUCAGAGCCAGCACUCCCAAAAUUCAGCCCACCAGCCUGCACUGGUGAAGGUGCCAGGAGCUGCUGCCUCCAGCUCACUCUGGAGUGUCACAGCAGCUGCUCAUCCCUCGAGGGUCAGUGGAGGCAUCUCUCAAACAGGUGCUGCUGCCUGGGGCAGGGAUGGGUGGGAAAAACCUGUUCAGCCAUUGACUUCCCUCCAGUGCAGGACUGGAGAGGGAUCUCUUGGAUCAAGACUGUUAGAUGAUAUUUGUGUGUGUGCACAUCACGGGACUCUCACGAGCACAGCUCUGCUGAUUCCUGCCAGGGCCUUGAGGCCAGCAGCACAUAUUUCUGGGGAGUUCAUGUACUCCCUGUGCUCUGUGGAUGCUGGGCCAGGGAUGUUUCCCUACAGGGAUGUUUCAUCUUUAGACAACAUUUGCACAUUAACCUUUGAGGUUAAUAAUCUCCAGGUGGGAAUUUUAUUUUUGCAGCGCAAACCUUUCCCCUCCCUUCCCACAACCAAAGCUGGGCUCCCAGUCCACAGAGAAGCCCCUUUGGAGUGUCUGGAAAUUCUCCAUGUUCAUACCCAACCUACCCGUGUGCCUUGGCUUUUGGGGAGCAGCAGCAGGGAGGUUCCCCCAUCUCAUUAAACAGUGCUUUGGUUUCUCCUUUCUUCUUUUACAUCCCUAGAAAAAGCUGACCCGCUGCCUCGUGCGCCUACGUGUGCGUGUGCCGGGCUUGGGGUUUUUUCCAGGCACUUUUUCCUAAAGCAGAUCCAGAUGCGUGCAGCUGCUGUCCCUCGAGGAGCAACCCCCAUCAGCCAAACUGCAGGCCACUCCAAUAGAUGCAAACAAAAACAUGUUUAUUUUUAUCAGCUUCGUAGGAAGUGACAUGAAGCAGGAGGGCGGCCGGGGCAGAGCUCGGGCGGGGAGGAGAUGGAGAUGAAACGAACGCCCCCUCUUUGCCGCCUGCAGCACAGGAGGCACUGCUUCAAUCCAGGAACAUUCUCAUCUGGGGAGAGAUGAAGAUAACACAGUAAGGAAGAAGUACCAUUCCAGAGUGACAGGGCUGAUAAAUGCCGUGUGGAAGAGCAGAAAGGGGGGCCAUGUCCUGGCUCUGUGCGUGGCUCUG